GCCAGCUGGGGGUGGACUCCAGAUUAAGAGCCCACACAGCGGGAGAUAACGAAUCGCUUUCAUUAUUUAUAGUACUGCUCAGUAGUGAAUCGCUCGUCGAACGCUGCACAAUGCUGGGUGUUGCUGGUCUGCUCCUCCUGGUGGCGUUCGCCACACUUCUUGUGUGGGAUUACUUCUGGCGGAAGCGGCGCAACGAUAUGCUGCACUAUAUGCCGGGUCCGCGGCCACUUCCCCUUCUGGGAAACGUCCUUAUGUACCGCGGUCUGAAUGCCGAACAAAUCAUGGACUUUGUGACGAAGAAUCAGCGCAAAUACGGUCGCCUCUACAGGGUGUGGGUUAUCCACCAGCUGGCCGUGUUCUCCACGGAUCCCCGGGACAUUGAGUUUGUGCUGAGCAGCCAACAGCAUAUCACCAAGAACAAUCUGUACAAGCUGCUCCACGGAUGGCUGGGCGAGGGAUUGCUGAUGAGCACGGGCAGGAAGUGGCACGGUCGGCGGAAGAUCAUCACGCCCACGUUUCACUUUAAGAUCCUAGAGCAGUUCGUUGAGAUCUUUGACCAGCAGAGUGCCGUGAUGGUGGAGCAACUUCAAUCGAGGGCCGACGGCAAGACGCCCAUUAACAUCUUUCCAGUGGUGUGUUUAACUGCCCUGGACAUUAUUGCAGAAACUGCCAUGGGCACCAAGAUCAAUGCCCAGAUGAAUCCUGAUCUGCCCUACGUAAAGGCUGUCAAUGACGUCACCAACAUCAUGAUCACUCGUUUCAUCCACGCCUGGCAGCGGGUAGACUGGAUUUUCCGGCUGACCAAGCCAACGGAGGCUAAGCGGCAGGAUGCAGCCAUCAAGGUCAUGCACGACUUCACCGAGAACAUCAUCCGCGAGCGGCGUCGCACGCUGGUUAAUAAUUCCCAGGAUAAGGCGCCAGAGGAGCAGGUAGAUGAUCUGGGCCAGAAGCGCCGCAUGGCUCUGCUGGAUGUGUUGUUGCAGUCCACCAUCGACGGGGCUCCGCUGAGCGAUGAGGACAUCCGCGAGGAGGUGGACACCUUUAUGUUCGAGGGCCAUGACACGACCACGUCGGCCAUUUCCUUCUGUUUGUACGAGAUCUCUAGGCAUCCGGAGGUGCAGCAGCGCCUGGUGCAGGAGAUCCGCGAGGUUCUCGGAGAGGACCGUAAGAGGCCAGUUACCCUGCGCGAUCUGGGUGAGCUGAAGUUCAUGGAGAAUGUGAUCAAGGAGUCGUUGCGUUUGCAUCCGCCAGUGCCCAUGAUCGGCCGCUGGUUCGCCGAGGAUGUGGAAAUACGUGGCAAGCGCAUUCCAGCCGGCACUAACUUCACCCUGGGCAUUUAUGUUCUCCUCCGUGAUCCGGAGUACUUCGAGUCCCCCGAUGAGUUCCGACCGGAGAGAUUCGACGCGGAUGUUCCGCAGACUCAUCCCUAUGCCUACAUCCCCUUUUCUGCUGGGCCAAGGAACUGUAUUGGUCAAAAGUUCGCCAUGCUGGAGAUGAAGAGCACCAUCAGCAAGCUGCUCCGGCACUUCGAGCUGUUGCCCUUGGGUCCUGAUCCCCGGCACUCGAUGAACAUCGUCCUGCGCUCAGUCAACGGAGUCCAUUUGGGCUUGAAACCUCGCUAUUGCCAGCUGCUCGAGAGUCCAAACCACUCAACACCGAGUUGCAGGGGGCACAACAUGCUGGUGGCUCUGCUGGUGACCCUCCUGUUGGCUCGCCUGGUGGCCUGGUUGCUCCGAUUGGUGUUGAAGGAGCUGCGACAUCCCCUGCGUGGCGUGGUGCCCAGUGUUUCGAGGGUUCCUCUAGUGGGAUCCGCCUGGCAGAUGCGAAGUUUUCAGCCAGACAAUCUCCACGAGAAAUUCGCCGAGUAUGUCCAGCGUUUUGGUCGCAGCUUCAUGGGCUCUGUCUUGGGCCACGUGAUUGUGAUUACUGCGGAGCCGCGACACGUAGAUGCACUGCUGCACAGCCAGCAGCAGCUGAGAAAGGGCACCAUGUAUUUCGCCCUACGUGGUUGGCUGGGCAACGGACUUCUCCUAAGUCGCGGAGAGGAGUGGCACACGAUGCGGAAGAUCAUCACGCCCACGUUUCACUUCAGCAUCCUGGAGCAGUUUGUCGAGGUCUUUGACAGGCAGAGCAGCAGGUUGGUGAUGCGAUUGGAACCCCUAUCGGUUGGCGAGCAGACCUUGAACAUCUAUCCCUACGUGUGUUUGGCUGCUCUAGACAUCAUCACCGAAACGGCCAUGGGGGUUAGUGUGGACGCCCAAGGAGACGAGGAGUCCGAGGUGGUGCACGCUGUAAAAGAUCUGACGAAUAUCCUGGCCACCAGGUUCAUGAGACCGCAUCUCCUCAUUCCCCAGAUCUUCCGGUUGUGCUGGUCCAGUGGUUUUAAGAAGCAACAAGCAGGUGUCCACUGCCUUCAUCAGUUCACCGAUGGAAUCAUAGAGCAGCGCCGUCUCCUGCUGGCCAGGGAGGCACCCCAGAGUCGGCCGGAGAAGCGUCACGCUCUGCUGGACACUCUCCUGCGAGCCACUUUGGAUGGACAACCGCUGACCGACAAACAAAUCCGCGAUGAGGUAAACACCUUCAUCUUUGAGGGUCACGAUACCACGACUUCGGCAGUGUCCUUCUGUCUAUAUUUGCUCUCCCGCCAUGAGGCAGUGCAACAACGGCUGUUUGAGGAACUGAAGAAGCACUUCGGCCGUGAUUUGGACAGGGGCGUGGUCUACGCAGAUUUUGCAGCGCUGCCUUAUCUGAACUGCGUGGUGAAGGAGUCGCUGCGUUUGUAUCCGCCGAUCCCGGCAGUGGCUCGCUGUCUGGAAAAGGAUUUGGCCAUAGAUGGUGGCCGCAUUCCAGUGGGAACGAACGUAGUCGUACUUCUCUGGCAGCUACUCCGGGAUGAAACACUCUUUGCCGAUCCCCUUCUUUUCCAGCCGGACAGGCAUCUGGGAGAAGAGGCCUCUAGACUGGGACCCUACAGCUACAUACCCUUCUCCGCUGGGCCGAGAAACUGCAUUGGCCAAAAGUUCGCCUUGUUGGAGAUGAAAACCAUGGUGACCAAAUUGAUUAGGCACUACCAGCUUCUCCCAAUGGGAGCGGACGUGGAGCCCUCGAUCAAAAUUGUGCUGCGAUCGAGAAGCGGGGUUAAUUUGGGACUACGACGUCGGUUGUAUUAAUAUCUUGUGAUUUUAGAAUAAACAUAAAAUUAUUAGGA